AUGGUGCGGUCGAGCAGCAGCAGCAGCAGCAGCAGCUUGGAGACCUCGACCACGUCUGAUGAAUAUGAGUUGCUGCGUGGAGUUUCCGUGAAGAGCGCGUCAAGCGGCAAGGAGAUGGACCUCCUGAGCGCGUGGGAGCCGGCCCCGGGCAAGAAGACGAUUGUGGCCUUCUUUACCCACACGGCUGACUUCAACUCGUGGGAGUACGCGCAAAAGCUUCGGCAUUACUUACCGCAGAUUGACGAUGCAGGCGUCGGGGUAGUUGGAGUUAGCCUCGGCACCGUUGACGCUGCCAGGGACUUUUGCGCCGAAACUGGUUUCCCCCUGGACAACAUGUUCAUGGAUGCAACGGGGCAAGCCUACUCCGCGCUCGGCUUCUCGAACGGCUUCGAACCGCGAUUGCCCGGAGACAGGAAGAUCAACCCUUACCUUCGACUACUUCCGAUGCUUGCUGGCAUCGGGUCGCCUGGCACUAUCCAAGCGGUUUUGAAGGGGUAUGUAGGAGACCCCAACUCGAACGCGGACUGGGUUUCGAGCGCUCUGAGCAUGGUCGACAACAAGGAGUUCGACUUCCUUGGGACGCGUGGUUCCAGACCCCUUGAGGUCGCCACCUUACGGCUGCAGAACAUGCGCCAGAUCGUCACCAAGUGGAAUAAACUUGCCCCCCCGGACAAAGAGCUGAUCACUCAACAAGGAGGGACCGUCGUCUUCGAGGGCAGGGACAAGAUCUACAAUUACAAGGACAAGGGAAUCCUUGUCUACACGGACGUCCUCGAAAUGCUCAAGACAAUCGGUGUGAAGCUGUAGAGUCCGGCGUUCACCGUUUUUAUUGUGGCGGUAACCUGGUUGGAACCCCACCCACACUAUCUCUUCACGAACGCGGCGUUGGUGUGCUUUUGGCUUCCCGCUGCGAUGUACGUAAGCGCUCGGAACACAUGGCGGACAGGCGAUGAUUAGCCAAUUUCCAAUCAGGAGCUCAAGGCUCGUUUGCGCGGGUUUGAACAGGCUGAAUCAAUCCCUGCCUAGCUGGAUGGGCCGUGGACGGAUCGCGUAGUGUUGUGGUUAGAGGUUGUGUGUUCCGCAUUUAACGCCCCGUGGUUGAUGGUGCCGGAAGAUCAUCCUUGUGGCAGACCACACCAACUUUCUGCCACUUUGGUGCCACCGAGAUCUUGCUGCGUGGGUGCGGAGCGUCCUUCGUCGAGACUUGGGAGCGUUUCCAUUCGAGGUGCACACCACUACCCGGGUUAGGCCUUCGAUGAGGCCAAAUGUUUGCCUCUCUUCCGUCUCAGAACAGCAACGAAUUCGAGGAAAGGAAGUCGGAUGUCUGUGCUGCUUGCUCUUGUCCGGAGAUUGUUCGUUCUGAGAACCUCUGGGGCUUACCAAUCCACCUGAGUCUCGGCGGGGUAUCUUCUGUAUCGUCGUUUCGAGAGAACCGCUAAUUUGUGG